AUGAGCCUCCACGAGAAGCAGGACAUCCGUGCGCUUGAUAGCAUAAUUCGCCGCGAGAGGAUGCCGAAGGUCCUGCUGCACGAGCUCGCGGCGAAGAAGUACGCGACUUUUCUGGCCGAGUCGCUGUCUCCGGCGGCAGCGAACAACCCGGGAAACCUCAACCUCCCUCCUCUCAGCUACUACCGGCGCCCGAGGCGGAAGCGACAGCGGCCGGACAUGGCGAAACCCUUGCCGAUAUUUCACGUGCCAACGUCGGGACCAACGGAGGGCUCCCACGUGCACCAGUUCGCCCCGGAGUGGCGUAAGCCCAUGUCGGUGGAGCCGGAACAGAUCGGCGCCUUCUUCAAGCCCGGAAAGGGGAUAAUCGAGCCCACGCUGCAGCCCCCGCCGGAGUUGAGGAUGGCCGGCAUUCAAGGGAAGGACCUCAACCAGGGGUACCUGAACUACGUGGAGCCCGACAGCACCUCUUCGACUUCGGAGAUCGCGGAGAUGCUGGACGAGACUCCGGGUCUAGAACGGGAGGAGGAGGCUGCUCACUUCAUCACGUACCGAAACAACCUCAACAAGAUCCUCGUCACGCCCUACUCCAAGCAGAAGUGGGAGAUGGAGGUGUUCAAAGAAGGAGGCGUUAUCUACCUCGAGGUGGUGAUGACCAACCGAAACCAGGGAAAGCUCGACCGCACUAGCUACUGGGGGAGGAGGUUCGAGACCUUGUGCGUGCUGGGGGUGGAGGGGGCCAGGCUCGACGAGCUGCAGAGGGGGCCAGGCGAUCUCCCCCGGCCGAGCUAUUGCGGGCUGUAUCGGUCGAGGCUGGGCAGCCACAAUCUCUUGAUGGGUGCGGAGAUCGACGCGUGCAGGCCCGGUGACCCCGGAAGGUUCGUCGAGAUCAAGACCACGAGACUCAUCAGAGACUCCAAGGACGAGCAGAUCUUCAAGAAGCACAAGACCCUCAAGUACUGGGCGCAGUGCUACUUGGCAGGCGUGCGGGACAUCGUUCUCGGGUACAGAGACGAUCACGGUAUAGUUCGGGACGUCAAGUCUUGGACCACCGACGGACUGGUGGAAUCUGUCGACAAGAACAAGCACUGGGACAAGGACGUGUGCCUGAACUUCGCCGACCGGUGCUUGUCGUUCCUCAAGGACAACGUGGACGAGGGCUUGCGCUACAGCUUCAAGUACCUCGAGCCCUUCGACCACCUUACCCUAGAGCAGCUGGCCCCGCAGCCGAUGGCUGCUGGCGGUGUUUCCGCCGCCACCGCCGGCGCCGGCGCCGGCGCUGUCCCCGGAGCACCGCCUGGCGGCGGCGUUGGGGCGGGUUACGCGUAAAACAGUUUUGUCGCAGGUGCCCACCUCGACUGCUGUCUUCCGUGUUUACCGCAUAUGUCGCAGACAAUAUGGCGCGUUUCAUGACGUGCCGCGCGAUUUCGCCGAGUCUGCAUGUAUGUUUGAGGGAGUGCCCGGGGCCGCGGGGCAAGUCAAGUUGUUGGUCUCCGUUGGGAUGGUUCGAUGGGGACAACUGCUUACACCCGGUUCCCGUGUAGCCUUGCUUACGCGUCUUGGCGCAUGUGGUGGGUAAUUUAGUCGAGAGCGGGCCGUUGAUGAUAUUGUGUUCCAAGGUUCGGCUACGCUGGGUGUGUCCGACGAUAGUGUCGAACGGUAUUCCGGUCAAGUGGUGCAUGGCGCACAUGUAUCCGCCGAUAGGGGCACCGGCGCCCCUGGAAUCCGUACGCCACCCCGCUCAGGCAUGCGCGUUGUUUGUGGCGGUUGUAGCGCAAGAGUCCGUGUGCGAGACGUUGUUGUGGUGGUGACAUAGAGAGGGCGUCAGGCUGGAACAAAAUCCGGCGGCAUUGCGCGUAGGAAUGCCAUCUGCAGACGACGAAAGAGGAGAAACUGACUAUUUAUUAUUUUAGAAAAGACAAGAACACUGCUGGCAGGCAGGCUCGUCUGCGUGCGUUGCGAUUUUUUGGGGUGGGGGGUGCCAUCUCCCCUAAUACACC